AGAUAAAUUCUUGUAAAGCUCAUUUCAACCUUAUCAGACCAUCCCACCGAGACUAUAUAAUUUCACGAGCCCGACAGAAACUCCACAAAGCGUUGGCCACCCGAACUCUGAAACUCUGAUGCUCAGCUGGUCCAUUGAUACCCAAAUGUGAAUCUGCAUUGAUUUCCGAGACGUGCAAAUAUAUACAUGAUGGAUGUCCUGCUGGCUCUGAGAGACCUCCUUCAGCUGUCAACACGGAGUGUGUUGCUGUCGCUGAUGGUGUGUUUAAUGCUCAUGUUCCGGCGUCGGCAGCUGGUACCGGGUCCGUUCUCGUGGCCGGUCAUCGGCAACGCCGCUCAGCUCGGUAACACUCCUCACUUUUACUUCAGCCGAAUGGCUCAGAAAUACGGCGACGUGUUUCAGAUCAAACUGGGCAGCAGAAAUGUGGUGGUUCUAAACGGAGACGCGAUCAAAGAGGCGCUCGUUAAAAAAGCGACCGAUUUUGCAGGCAGACCCGACUUUGCUUCAUUCCGGUUCGUGUCUAACGGGAAAAGCAUGGCUUUCGGUAACUACACCCCUUGGUGGAAACUGCACCGGAAAGUCGCGCAGAGCACCGUCAGAAAUUUCUCCACAGCCAACAUCCAAACCAAGCAGACAUUCGAGAAGCACAUCGUAAGCGAGAUCGGAGAGCUCAUCCGUCUUUUUCUCAAUAAAUCCCGCGAGCAGCAGUUUUUCCAGCCGCACCGGUAUUUAGUGGUGUCGGUGGCGAACACGAUGAGCGCCGUGUGCUUUGGGAACCGGUACGCGUACGAUGACGCGGAGUUCCAGCAGGUGGUGGGCAGAAACGACCAGUUCACCAAAACAGUCGGAGCCGGGAGCAUGGUGGAUGUGAUGCCCUGGAUGCAGUACUUCCCAAACCCCAUUAGAACCCUCUUUGACCAGUUUAAAGAGCUUAACAAGGAGUUUUGCGCGUUCAUUGAAUUGAAAGUUUCGGAGCACCGAAAGACCAUUUCACCGAGCCACGUCCGUGAUAUGACUGAUGCCUUCAUCGUCGCUCUGGACAAGGGGCUGUCCGGGGGCUCGGGGGUCUCUCUGGAUAAGGAGUUUGUGCCACCGACCAUCUCAGAUAUUUUCGGGGCCAGUCAAGACACUCUGUCUACAGCUCUCCAGUGGAUCAUCCUGCUACUUGUCAGGUAUCCAGAAAUCCAGAAGCGUCUCCAGGAGGACGUGGACAGGGUAGUGGAUCGCAGUCGUCUUCCAACCAUCGCAGACCAGCCUCAUCUUCCAUACUUGAUGGCCUUCAUUUAUGAAGUCAUGCGAUUUACUUCAUUCACCCCUUUGACGAUUCCCCACAGCACGACCAAAGACACAUCCAUCAACGGUUACCCCAUUCCCAAAGACACAGUCAUUUUUGUCAACCAAUGGUCUUUGAAUCACGACCCAACAAAAUGGGAUCAACCUGAGGUGUUCAACCCACAGCGCUUUCUAGAUGAGGACGGAUCCCUCAACAAAGACCUGACCACCAACGUGCUCAUCUUCUCACUCGGCAAGCGAAGAUGCAUUGGAGAAGACGUGUCAAAAAUACAGCUUUUCCUCUUCACGUCUGUGCUGGUCCAUCAGUGUAGUUUUAAAGCUGAAAGCACUCCUAAUAUGGACUACGAAUACGGGCUUACACUCAAACCCAAACCUUUUAAAGUGUCUGUCACAGCUCGCGACAGCUCAGACCUGCUGGACAGCUUGGUAGGAACAUCUCAGACUCCAACAGAAAAGAGACAGAAAUGUGAUUGAAGUGAAAUCAACGCACAGGACUUUGCCAAAUGAAGGCGGCUAAGAAAACAAACACUGAAGAAUAUGUCACAUCUACUCGUAUCACUGUAUUUAUAAAUGUCAUGCUCAGGCAAAAACGUUUUCUAGCUCUGUUUGAGCUGCAGAAACAAAAACACACUCAUUCAUUACUGUAACUACGUGAUGCACUGAUUUUCGCUAUAUCACGGGAAGCAAAACUACAGAAAAGGACUUUGUGUGCUGGUUUACUUUACUCAGACGAAUACAAGCUUCAAUGUUUGACGUUAAUGAGUUCUGACAGAUUUACAUGCAUAGCGUUUAUUCAGUCAAGAAAUCUGUGGUUGUAUCCGAAAUGGCUCUCAUAAACCCUUAAAGAGUGCACCAUUUGUAUUGGUGUCCGAAACCAUAGUGGACGUUCUGUAGUGCACUCAAUCAAUCCCAGAAUGCACCUCAAUAGCAAAUCCACAACUGAUGGCCACACAGUAGCCGCGUUUCCACUGUCGGGCCAGUGCUAGCUAGGAAUUUUAUCGGUUAUCGGUUCAUUGCUUCUCAAAUCCAAUCCCAGUCUACUGUUCUAAUAACUGUAUAACUCAGUAUACAUUGGUUUAUUUCGAGUCAGAGGGGGGGUAUCGGGCAUGUUAAAAAGUAGUAGUUUGUGGAUAAGAGUGCUAACUGGAGAUGUGAACCAUUUCAAAUGAUUCAGUUUGAUUUGGUGAACUAGUUCUAUGCAUCUUCACUUAAAAGAUCCGGUUAAAAAGAUUCGUUCACAAUCAUGAUAACUAAUAUGGAAAUAAAACCAAUUAUUGGGCACAUAUGUGUUAAAGUAAUCAUUUUAAUUAUGAUUACAGACUCUGAGGUGUCGUACGGGUCAAACAGGGCAGCGCAAAGUAAACAGAUUUACUUCUAAAAAGGCAUGCAGUAAGAUUAUGUAUUAAACAUAUUUAUAAAGACGAAAACGAAGGACGUUUUUGCUAUAAUUUUAGUUAGUUUCAGUUAGUUUUGUAUGUACACUACAGUUUCAGUAAGUUCUAGUUUAAAAAAAAAUCAUUUUUAUUUUUAUUUCAGUUAAUGAAAAUGAUUUUUAAGUUUAGUCUUUUCAUUCGUUUUCGUUAACUAUAAUAACCUUGUUAUGUAGGGAAUGAGAAUAUAGGGGGUGAUUUCGGAUACAGCCUGUAUGUUACCAAAUAGCAAUUCUACAGUAGCUAGACGACACAUAUUUAGAGCGUUCACACUUGUGAUUUUUUCUUAUGGUCAUUUGGUUCAGACCAAAACCAAAAUGAUGCAUUUAACCCUCGUUCACACAGAACUGUUAGGACUGACACGAAAGUUACAAGUUUUUCUCAACCUGCUUGUUUGGAUUCAGUGAGGAGUUUAACAAGCCAAUGUGAAACACUGUUUGCAAUAAAUUCUUUGAAAGUGAUUUCAAUUAUAUUGCGAUCACUUGUUUUAUGUGCAGUUAUGAUUGUAGUUUACACUAACAUAAAAAAAAAAAA